AUGGCAAGAGUGAAGCAGAAGGUGGCCAAAAAGGGUGCUGCUGGUGCCUCGACCCGAGGUAGCCAGGUAGCGAAGCAAAAGAGACACAAGGUUGCAAUUGGAGGGGAUCCUCAAGAGAAGAAACUGCCCACAGUGGUAAGAGCAGAAAAGUUUCGUCGAGGCCAUAUUGCCAGUGCUUAUAACCGAGAUAAGAUAUCAUUCCAAGAGCGUCCCCCGCCUGGAUACACUUUCAUCCCCGCCGGAAACCCUGAGCUCACCAGUGCGUUGAAAGAGUUCGCUCGCCGUGGCGACCACAAGAUCUACGCCGUGACGGUCACCCCACAUGCUGCGCGUCAUGAAUUGUCGAGGGAGGUACAUCGCGUUGGCUUCCAUUUUCCCACGAGAGUUGUCGACCAAGUUUGUGCUCACUACGGCAUCCGCCUAAACAAUGAAGGAAAGGUCGUUGACGAGUCGAACGAUGAAUCCUUUUUCAGCAAAGUGUAUCGCAACACGGACGGUCAACGCCCAGUAGAAGAGAAGGAUCAGAUCACCAUCAACACUGAUGCCAAACAGACCAUCAAAGAUUUGUUCCCCAACAUCCCGAACAAUGAUUUGUACCAGAUUAUUAAGACUGCAUUUCAGCUGGGCGAUCACAGGGUCGGUACCGCAAACGAACUUCCACUUGUCCGAAGAGCCCAGCUAUCCGUGGUUGCCCACAUCCGGCAUAACUACACCCAAUAUGACAAGUUGCUGAGGCAGAUGCCAUACAACGAGGCUCGUCAUAUGGUGGAAAAGGAGACACUCGUCAAGCUGGUUGAGUGGCGUGGGGGUGAAGACACUACUCUCGAGAACACCACAGGCGGCGCAGAUGAUCUUCUCAAAGAGGUCAUUGUCAUCUCUGACGAGGAGGCAUCUGAGAGCGACUCGGACAGCGUCGAACCCUUGGACCAAGACCGUGUCCAGGUGGAAGAACUCCCAAGCACUUCCUAUGGUCCUGGCCCUGGUCGCGCCAUUUCGCCUUUGCCACAAUCACAGCCUGAACGCAUCUUGGACUAUCCGCCCGCGGUUCGCAGCUACAGACCGUCUAACGCAGAAAUUGCUCGGCGCAAUCAAAGCAGAUAUGCCAUUUGGGAACAAGCUAAGCGAGACUAUCACUCCAACGUCGCUCAGGGACCAGUUGCUGUUCUUGAGAGGAUUUAUGAGCCUGAGCCGGCUCCAGCACCACGCAUGCUUGUGCCUCUUGACCCUCCCACUCACUCACCUGCCCAGGUAUUUCACACCCAAGCUCCUCCAGCAAGCAUAGCAAGAGCGGAUUACGAGCCACCAAUUCGAAGUCGUCAACCAAGUCCACCAACAUACAUCCGAGACGCAAAUGGUGUUUUAUAUGAACGUAUCGACACUAAGUCCCGAGCAAAUCAUGCAGAUACCCCACAACACUUUCACAAAUAUCCGGCACCGACAAUGGCAGGAGCGCAAGUUAGAACCCGCCCUUCUUCACCUCAAGACUUCACCCGACGGGAGUCGCGCAACAUAGAUUUCGAGAGAGGUGAUGAAGAGAGUCUCCUGGCAGGCUUGUUGACCGUCACUAUAUGCCUCCUCAGCCAGUGGCUGCCCAUUCUGAAAUCCGCACGGCUGAUUAUGGUGAGCAUCGAUCAAGCCCACGUCUCCAACCGGGAAUUUCUACCCGGGAAGCUGCUUAUGCUGAUCGUCACCCCCUUUACGAUGCUCAUGAUUCUCCUCAUGCUGUUGUACGUCUGUAUGAACCCUUACAUGCCGCUCAUGAGCUUCGCGAGACGACCACGAUGCAGCGCCAUUAUCAUUCGCAAAACUACGCGGUUUCUAGCCACAAUGAGUUUGAGUCGAUCCGACCCACUCGGGAUCUGGGAAAACGACCAUUGCUUCCGUUUGGUCAAGUCUAUGAGCCUAUUGGCGAGUCUCGCACACAUGACAGCAGGAUUGCUAGGGAGCCAGAGAGGCUUGUCCGUGAACAAUAUGUGCAACCUGUCGUGCAAGAGCCUCGUGUACGGUACAUUUACCCUGAUGGAUCGAAUGGUCGUGAACCUCUACAACCUUUACCUCCACAGCGUUUACCCGAGUAUGAUCGGGUAA